AUGCCGUCGUCAGCCGACUACCUGCACCCCUCGGAACCCGUGCCAGACGACUUCUCAGACUCGGAUGAUGAUUUAGACCUGGAAGAGCUUGACCCGGGCACAGAACAACCUCACGCAUCCCGCGAUUCUCGAGACUAUACCGGCCGCAAACGAAGUUAUGGACCAGGAAUUGCACUGCGGAACUUGCGAGUCGGCGUGGGAAGCCGGUGGAGACGCAGUGCGUCUGGACAAGGAGACUUUGAGGAAGACACGGACGCCUUGCUAGAGAACCAGGAAGAGGAAGGCUUAAGGGGCUCACAUGCGAGCUCGAGGAAUCUUGCAGACGAUGAUGCGCCCCUUCUGAACCGGACAAGCUCGACCCGUAUUUUCAAUGACGACGAAUCACCCAAGAAGGGCGGCUUCCUGGGAUUCUCCGGAUUUAAGACACCUGGCUUCCUGCAGGGAAAUUCCAUUAAGCUUGGAUCAAACACGAGCGAUUCAUCAAAUCAACCUCCCCGCGAAGUGCUUGUUGGGCAGUACCAGGCUGCCAAAUACCCCGCCAACGUCGUCUCCAAUGCCAAAUAUACCCCCUGGAGUUUCCUACCGCGAACCCUUUACAACGAAUUCUCGUUCUUCUUUAACAUAUACUUCCUUCUCGUGGCUUUGUCUCAGGUCAUUCCCGUGCUACGGAUUGGUUACAUGUCUUCGUAUAUUGCUCCUCUCGCCUUUGUGGUUUCCAUAUCACUCGGUAAAGAGGCACUUGAUGACAUUGGACGGCGUCGAAGAGAUGCCGAGGCAAACGCAGAAGAAUAUUGCACUGUGUCGCUAAGCAGGUCUUCCCCAAUGGAAGUGACGAAAAAGUCUCGUGACCUGAAAGUUGGCGAUGUACUCAAAGUUCGGAAGAACCAACGCUUGCCCGCCGAUGUGGUGAUUCUGAAAAGUGUUUCGAACGACUCUGGUACUCCACGCCAAUCACUAUCAGCGGAGCCAGGAGCAUCUACGAAUUUGCUUGAAUCUGACCAGGGAUCUUCUGAACAAAUUCAUUACACUGCAGACAACUCAUCAGCUGGUGACACUUUUAUCCGCACUGAUCAGUUGGACGGUGAGACCGAUUGGAAGCUCCGUUUACCUUCUGUUCUGUCCCAAUCAAUACCCUUGAGCGUCUUCUCUCGAUUGCAGAUAACUGCCAGUGCUCCUGACAAGAGGGUAAACGAAUUCGUUGGUACGAUCGAGUUGAGCUCACCCCCUGGCCUUUACGAUGGGCCUCAGCCAAACGACCCAAGGACGCCCGGCGAGGAUCAAUCCACCUCUUCAGCGCCUUUGACUAUUGACAAUACCGCUUGGGCCAAUACGGUUCUUGCUUCCAACACUACUACCUACGCCGUGAUUAUCUACACAGGAUCACAAACCCGCGCCGCUUUAUCAACUUCCGCUUCCCGUUCAAAGGUCGGUUUAUUGGAAUACGAGAUCAACAACCUCACCAAGAUUCUUUGCAUCCUCACACUCACACUUUCCAUCGUUCUUGUUGGCCUGGAAGGUUUCGAGCCUACAAACGACAAGAAGUGGUAUGUCGCCAUCAUGAUCUAUCUCAUUCUCUUCUCAACCAUUAUUCCCAUGAGUCUACGGGUCAACCUGGAUAUGGCCAAGUCAGUUUAUGGGCGAUUCAUCCAACGAGACAAAGAUAUUCCGGGCACAGUGGUCCGUACCAGCACAAUCCCCGAGGAUCUCGGGAGAAUUGAAUACCUCCUUUCUGAUAAGACGGGAACGUUGACUCAAAAUGAAAUGGAGCUGAAGAAAAUACACGUUGGCACUGUGUCAUACGCCAAUGAGGCCAUGGAUGAAGUGGCUUCAUUCAUUCGUCAAAGCUUUGCGGGCAAUGGCUUGACUACUCCUUCAACACCUUACGGAACUCAAGCUGGCCAGGCCACCGCUCCACGUACGAGGAGAGAGAUUGGCUCCCGUGUGCGGGAUAUUAUUCUAGCUCUUGCUCUCUGUCACAACGUCACACCAACCACCGAUGAGGAAGAUGGUCAGAAAGUAACAAGCUACCAAGCAUCAUCUCCAGAUGAAAUUGCUAUCGUCCGGUAUACCGAAGAGGUCGGACUCAAGCUUUGUUAUCGCGAUCGACAAAGCAUUGCUCUGGAAUCCGCCGACACCAAGCAAGUCGUCGUUCGCGUUCGUAUUCUUGAUAUCUUCCCAUUCACUUCUGACAGCAAGCGGAUGGGUAUAAUCGUGCAAUUCCAGCAAGAUGACAAAGUGCUCGAGACAUCGGGCCAAGAUGACAGCGAGAUCUGGUUCUACCAAAAGGGUGCUGACACGGUCAUGUCGUCUAUCGUGGCGAAAAAUGACUGGCUGGAUGAAGAGACAGCAAACAUGGCCCGAGAAGGUUUGCGAACUUUGGUUGUUGGACGCAAGCGUCUUUCGUCGCAGCAGUAUCAAGAAUUUUCUGCCAAAUAUAGACAAGCAUCCCUCUCACUACAAGGACGAGAUGCUGGCAUGGCCAAAGUCGUGACUGAUUACCUUGAGCAAGACUUGGAACUUUCCGGAGUGACGGGUGUGGAAGAUCGGCUUCAGCGUGACGUCAAGUCAUCCCUUGAGCUUAUGCGUAAUGCAGGCAUCAAGAUCUGGAUGUUGACUGGUGACAAAGUUGAAACCGCACGAUGUGUUGCUAUUUCAGCGAAACUCGUUUCUCGAGGCCAAUACAUCCACACCGUGACCAAAAUUACAGAUAAAUCAACUGCCCAGGAAGCCCUUGACUUCUUGCGUAACAAAACGGACUGCUGUCUGUUGAUUGAUGGCGAGUCUCUGACUCUCAUGCUUGGGCAAUUCCGAACAGCAUUCAUUGCCGUUGCGGUCUUACUUCCUGCGGUGAUCGCAUGCCGAUGUUCUCCCACCCAAAAGGCCGAGAUUGCGGAAUUGAUUCGCCAACACACCAAGAAACGUGUAUGCUGCAUUGGCGAUGGUGGCAAUGAUGUCUCUAUGAUUCAAGCAGCUGAUGUGGGAAUUGGUAUUGUGGGCAAAGAAGGCCGCCAGGCAUCUCUUGCUGCCGAUUUCAGUAUCACCCAGUUCCACCAUAUUACAAAGCUUCUCGUGUGGCAUGGCCGCAACUCAUACAAGCGAUCUGCGAAGCUAGCACAAUUCAUCAUGCACCGUGGUUUGAUUAUCAGCGUCUGUCAGACCAUGUACAGCAUUGCCAGUCACUUCGACCCCAAGGGGCUGUUCAUCAAUUGGCUCAUGGUCGGCUACGCCACUGUCUACACAAAUGCCCCAGUCUUCUCUCUCGCCUUUGAUCGCGAUGUGGACGAGCGUCUUGCCAAUCUUUACCCCGAAUUGUACAAAGAGUUGAAGACGGGAAAAAGCUUGAGUUAUCGCUCGUUCUUUGGCUGGGUCAUGAUCUCCGUCUACCAGGGCGCAGUCAUCCAAGGACUCUCACAGAUUCUCCUGGACACCAUCACCGGCCCACAACUUAUCAGUCUUUCCUUCACAGCCCUGGUACUCAACGAGUUGGGCAUGGUGGCCAUCGCAGUCACAACCUGGCACCCAGUCAUGAUCUUCUGCCUGGUUGGCACACUACUUGUGUACGCAGGUAGUGUUCCCUUUUUAGGCGAAUAUUUUGACCUCAGCUACGUGAUCACCCUCGAUUGGUUAUGGCGCGUUGUUGCCGUACUAGCCGUUGCCUUGGUCCCAGUCUGGGCCGGCAAAAUGAUUAAACAAUCAUGGCACCCACCAAGCUACCGGAAGGUCCGUGGUUAA